AUGCAUUUCCUUCGGUCGCUAAGAAAGUCGCUGUCCGUAGUAUCCCCGCCCCAGCCUGGAAGCGAGCGCCCCCGGCUGUUCACCGCAGCCCCGCGGCGCUCGUUUUCCGGGAGCUCGAUUUCUGGCUCGUCGCAGGAUCCAGCUGCGGUUCCACUGGAGGCGCCCUGGGGCAGCUGCCGCUCGCGCGCUCCUCCCUCUUCUCUGCACCCGCUGUCACGCUGCCGGCCCGCGGGGGAGCCACGCAAGCCUCCAGGUGAACUGAAAGUCGUUGCCGGGGGAGGACAGAGGGGGUGCUGCAGUCCUGGCGGGUACUGCAACUGCAACUCGGACAGAGACGACCCGGCGGAGGCGCCGGGCGCAGCAUCCCCGGGCGGCCGGAGGUGGCUGCCGCUCAGCUCGCCACCGUUCGCAGCGGCCGGCCCUCGGCCCUCGGACUCUGGCCCCGGGCGCACUGGCCUCCGGAGACCCGGGUUUGCGCAUUUCACAGCUGCGCUGCUGAGGGGAAUGCGAGCUUGGUGGCUCCAGGUCGCCGCGGAGCAGCUGCCCGUGGGAGAGCCUGGAGAGCGAGGGGGCGGCAGCCUCGGCCCGAACAUUUUAUGGAAGAAUUCUGAGUAAUAUUGUAUAGAAGAAUCUUUUCAUACGUGGACCUUCCCAAGUAUGAAGUUUAGAACCAAUUUCUUCAUUUGGAGACUCUCCCACCUGGCCCAGCACUGAACACAGAGGCAAUACCCGAUCUGAUGAUGUAAACUAGUGGGAAUCCAGUUUACUAAAAGCAGCUUUUUAAAGUCUGCAUCUCUUGUGUAAAUUAAAAGAUAUUUGUGUGCCUAACAACAA